GCAGUUGUUUGACAGUUGCGGACACGUGCUGCCAGAACUAAGAGAAGCCUUUACAUUAAGCCAGAAUGACAGAGGAGAACCCGCUCGAUCCCACCAGUACCAAGCAGGAGGUACCGGGGGGAGAGCAGGAGGUACCGGAGGAGCAGGAGGUGCCGGAGGAGCAGCAGGAGGCACCGCGGAAGCAGAACGGGGACUGCUCGGAGAAGCCCCCUGACAAGCCGCCAGCCCCGGCAGAGGAAGCAGGGUUCGUGCAUCCGGAGGGCGGCUGGGGCUGGGUGGUCAUGCUGAGCUCCAUGUGGUGUAACGGAACCGUGUUCGGGAUCCAGAACUCCUUUGGUUUGCUGUUCGUGGAGCUUCUAAAAAGGUUCGGCACCGAGAACGACGCAGACCUGCGCUUCAGAACAGCAUGGGUGGGCUCCCUUGCCAUGGGCAUGAUCUUCUUCUGCUCCCCUAUUGUCAGCAUCUUCACCGAUAUUUUUGGCUGCAGGAUCACAGCAGUAGGUGGCGCCGCUGUUGCCCUGGUCGGCCUGCUGGCUAGCUCCUUUGUUGAGUCCCUUGGCCUCAUGUACUUCACUUACGGCGUGGUCUUUGCCUGCGGCUGCUCGUUCUCCUACCAGCCCAGCCUCGUCAUCCUGGGACACUACUUCAAGAAGCGCCUCGGUCUGGUGAAUGGCAUCGUGACAGCCGGCAGCAGCGUCUUCACCAUCCUCAUGCCCUACUUGCUCUCUGGCCUGCUCAGCAGCUUGGGCUUUCAGAACACCUUGCGGGUGCUCUGCACCCUAAUCUUUGUUCUGAUUCUGGCUGGCUUCAGCUACAGGCCCCUGCUGCCCCCCAAACCCAAGAGCUCCCAAAGUGGACAGUCUCGCCUGAGACAGGUCUUUAACACCAACAUUUGGAAGUCUGUGGGAUAUCGCAUCUGGGCCUUUGGAAUACCUGCAGCCCUGUACGGGUACUUUGUACCCUACGUUCACCUGAUGAAGCAUGUAGAGGAGCGUUUUGGUGCGGACACCAACAAAGAGGUUCUGCUCAUGUGCAUUGGGAUCACAUCUGGAAUCGGCAGACUCAUCUUCGGCCAUGUUGCAGAUUACGUCAAAGGGGUCAACAAGGUGUUCCUGCAGGUUUCUUCGUUCUUCGUCAUUGGCGUCAUGUCCAUGAUGAUCCCCCUAUGUAACAUCUUCGGCGGGCUGAUUGCCGUCUGCCUGCUGAUGGGGCUGUUUGACGGCUGCUUCAUCUGCAUCAUGGCGCCCAUCGCCUUUGAGCUGGUCGGAGCUGACGAUGUGUCCCAGGCCAUCGGCUGCCUGCUGGGCCUCAUGUCUGUGCCAAUGGUCGCUGGUCCCCCAAUUGCAGGUUUUCUCAGGGAUAAACUGGGCAGCUAUGACGUGGCCUUCUACCUGGCAGGUAUCCCUCCCCUCAUCGGCGGCGUCUUGCUGUGCUUCAUUCCCUGGGUGGAGCUCAAGCGUCAAAGGGCCGAGAAGAAGGAGGCCCAGAGCCGAGAUCAGGACGUCACUCAGAAGAUGAUAGAGCAGGAGAAGACACGGGAAAAUGCUAAAAGCAAAGAAUUGGACUCAGUUGUGUGAGCUGCCCCGUUAUAGACUGACAGACUCCUGCAGGUCAGACGGAGGCGGAGCUACAAAGAUGCUGCACCUGUGGGUUUAAAGCCAAAAAAAAGUGCCUCCAGAAGGACUAAAUUCACCUGUAGUGAGACUAACCAGUCAUGAGCUGGGGUAAAGUGAGUGUGGUCCUGAAGGAUUGAGUCUUACAUUGAGCAAACUUGAAAUUUUCAAAAUAAAAUAGGGAAUAGUGUAUAAUUUUGCUGUGAAGAAAGCUGCUGAUCCAGUUUGUAGGAUCUGUCCACAUCAUCCCUGCGUGCUGCAUUUAUCCAGACAUGAGGAACAUCUUCUUUUGUGCGCCAUCCCAAUCCUUGAAAUCUUCUAAUGUUCAUGUGGCGGUCCGACAUCUACGGAACCUUAAAUGGACCCGUUCUCUUGACAUUUUAAUCUGGGCUCUGAGCUGCAUGGACGCUUGAAGAAUCAGGUUGUGGGGUUCCAUUCCAUCUAAGAUGCUGACAAAGAACCUGAAGAACUCUCAUGUUCCAAAGAAAUAACUUUUUUUUUAUCAAGUGACAAAUUAAACCUCAGGUUCUCCAAAGAUCUUCAACUAAAAUGAAUUUAGUCUCUGUCUAAAUUAGUCUUAAUUUACUGAACAGAACUGAGGCAAACGGUGUGUGAAACAUUCAGUCCAGAUCCUUCUGCAGGAAAAACUCUUAAGGAAUGUUUGCUGUUUGAUGGCGUCGGUCUUUCAUGCAAUUGUGGAGAAAUUUUGGUCUAAAAUCAGGCGGUUUCAUGUCCUUUUUUAUCCAAAGUUAUAGACUUUAACACGAAGUCCAGAAAACACAGAGUCUUCACUUCCUCCUCUUCAUUUUGAUGACGUGUUCCUUUCUUGUUUGUCACCGACCUCAUAGUAACUAUUAGGAAAAACCACUGUGUUUUGCCACGGUAACAACUGAUGCCGGCUGUUUCAGGAGGACCAAAACCUAAAACACAGGAAGGAUUCAUUUCACAGCACGUCUGUGCUCUUUGUAAAGUUCUGUUCAGAAGGAAGUGGGACUAACAGUUUCCUCAAACUGUUCCUCAGGAGGUUUUGCUUGUAUUUAAGUUUUUAUCUUUGUGAAGAAUGUUGUCUUUGUACCCUCAAGCCUUAAACAAAUUUCGCUGAAGACCAAAAUGUGCUUAAAAGAAAUUGUUUUUAAAUUGUGUGGGUCUGCUUGUUGGACAAAAGAGUGCCCCCUGGUGGUUGCUGCUGUUUCUGCAUCUGAGGAGCGUGAACGUGAUCAUUCAGUCUCAUUAAACCUGUCAAAGCUUUGCUUUAAAGUCCCACACCAAUCAUCUCUGCUGGUGUGGACUAGCCUGCACUUAUAUUCCAUUAUCCCUUUGUUUACACCUUUUCCUGCUAGCUUACAGCCCCUCACAACACCAAACUAACAUCAUUGGUGCAAUAAAAAUGGCGAGCAAUAUUGCAGCUAUCUAGCCAUACAGUUUUGAGCCAGAUCGGACAAAAAAGUGAAGUGGCACAUGGAUCUAUUUGUCUACUAGUGGAUGCAUGGAGCGGAGCAGGGAGCUUCUGUCCUGCCGAUUGUAGUUUGUACGUAACAACUACAAGGUUUUUCCAAUGGCAAUUUGUCAUCUGCUCCUGAUUCACCACAAUUAGAAUAAAGAAAUACUCAGAAAUGCAAUUUUUAUCUUAAUUUUCUUUAAACAUGUCCGCCAUCAUCAGAAAAAUACCACAAGAAUAUGUUAAAAAACACCAUUUUCAUUGGAGUGAGUCUUUAAGGUUGCACCAAAAAUGCAGAGGCCUUUUUAAGUCAGAACUUUCUCCUAACCCACUUUGGCUCCAACCAACUCUUCAUCACUUUAUCUGUUGUGCCCUUUUUGUGAUUUUGACAAUCUUAUGUUUCUAUCAUCACCAUUUAAGCAUCCAAUUAAUUAGUUAUAUUACUUUGUAAUUCUCUUUAAUGGGAUUUAUUUGAAAUAAUCUGUUUUAACCGAAAGAGAAAGUAAAAUCCUUUUUAAAAUUUUAGCUUUCUUUAAACAAAAGCUAUUUGGCUUUUGUGUUUUUUAACAUAUCUGCUUCUAUGGAGGUUUAAGACUUUGUAUAGUUUUCUUUCUUGUAUUAUUGAGUAUCUUUUUCCAUCCUUUUACCUGUUCAGAAGAUGGAAUUAAAAUAAACAAACCUAACUUGUUUUGCCAUUUUCUUUAUCCAUCUGUUUGAUAUUUUUGUUUAAGUCAUAAUUAGAGUGAUAACUAUGCAUUUUACUUAGUUGCAGACUUUGUAACAAAGUACAGUAUAUUCAUUUAAGCACCACUUUUCACUAAUUUCAAUAAAAUAAAAACUUUGUAAAGUUU